CAGGAUCAUGGACAUGAGACGCUCAUUUUUGCCAUUGUCUUUUUUAUACCAUUGCAUUGUUUGUCAAGCGGGAAUAUGUGGAAACUCAUGAAGGAAAGCACGUGUGUAAUUGUGUCAGCCACAGCGGAAGGAGCCCACUGUUGAUCGUUGCUGAAGAAGUGCCAAAAAAAACUGAACAUAUGGAGACUGAGUGUGAGCAAUGGGCAGGGAGCCAAACUGAUGAGGACAGUGACACAGAGGAGGUCAUGUAUGGAAUCCAUGAGAGCUGUGCCACUGACCUGUAUCACCACCCCCAGCUGGACACUGACAUCGAGGCAGUCAGGACUUUGUAUUCAGACACUGCAGUCUCCAUCAGGGAGUUUGGGUCAAUUGACGAUGUGGAUGUUGACUUGAAAAUAAAUGCCAGCUUUUUGGAGGAGGAAGUGGCCAAGGCCUGGAGGAUUAAUCCAUCAGAGCCCAUCGUGAUCCGCCUGCACUUCUCUAUGUCUCUUUAUCUGGAUGGACCUGCACCCACGGUUGAAGUCUUUCAACCAUCCAACAAAGAUAACUUCAGUUUCGGGAAACAACUACAGAAUAUUCUCACAGUCUUCUUAUCCCGGGAGUGGAAACAUCUGACCAAUGAGAACGUCACAGUCCGACAGAAGAGGCGACAGAGCUGGUUCAGGUCGAGUGGAACCAUGAAGAAAGUUCGCGCGAGACUUAACAUCUGGCUGCCACCGUCAAAGUAUGUGACAAUUCAGCAGUUUUAUCACAGAAUCAAUCGGUACUUGAAGCCUCUAUUGACUGCUACAUCACUCUCGGCGAGCAGGUCCCACGAGCUCCAGGAACCUUCUGUGAAGGAAAGUAUCGUUUUACCGGCGAUAAAACUGAACCGCUUCACUAAUCACACAACCUCCUACACCAUCAAGAAUCCCACGGGAGAGCUGUUCACGUACACACCCAGUGGAAAGAGGGUGGUGGUGUCAGCAGUCAAGUCAUCAGCGCAGCUUAGUACCAAACAGCUGAUAGAGCUGCUUUUCUCGUCUCAGGCCAUCGGGCACUGUAGGAGCACCCCAUCUCUGCAGCACGGCUUCUUAGUACAGGUAAUGAGGUAUGCUGAGCAGAGAAUCCCCACGCUGAAUGAAUACUGUGUCGCCUGUGACGAGCGGCAUGUGUUUCAAAACGGCCCAAUGUUAAAGCCAGCAGUUUGCACCAGAGAGCUAUGUGUGUUUUCCUUUUAUACGUUGGGGGUCAUGUCAGGAGCUACAGAGGAGGUUGCCACCGGUGCAGAGGUGGUUGACCUGCUGGUGGCCAUGUGCAGAGCUGCCCUUCAGUCCUCACGCAAGAACAUCAUAUUUGAGCCGUACCCCUCUGUGGUUGACCCGUACAACCCCAAGACUCUGGCCUUCAGUCCUAAGAGAAAGAGCUAUGAGAGGCUGCAGAAGGCUCUGGACAGUAUCUUGUUAAUCAGGAGGAUGGCACAGGGUCCAUAUUCUGAAAUAAAGAAGCAGAUGGACAAGAUAGACCCCCUCGCUCAUCCCUUACUACAAUGGAUUUUAGCCAGCAACAGAUCGCACAUUGUCAAGCUGCCACUGAACAGGCAACUUAAGUUCAUGCACACGCCGCAUCAGUUCCUGUUGAUCAGCAGCCCUCCGUUCAAAGAGGCUCGUUUUCAAGCCGCCAGGAAACUUCAUGGCAGCACCUUCGCUUUUCAUGGUUCCCACAUUGAAAACUGGCACUCGAUUUUGAGAAAUGGCCUAAUUAACGCCUCUUAUACAAAAUUACAGCUUCACGGAGCUGCAUAUGGGAAGGGCAUUUACCUGAGUCCUAUCUCGAGCAUAUCAUUUGGAUAUUCUGAGAUGGGCAAAGGGCGACACCACAUACCCAACAAAAAAGAAUUCAUUAAGAAAUACAGCCACAUAAACAAAAUCAAACAGGAAGAGCCGGGGCAAGCCAGGUUUCUGCAAACAAGGAAUCUAAACUGCAUUGCUCUCUGUGAAGUGAUAACUUCAAAGCACCUUCAAAAACAUGGGAACAUUUGGGUCUGUCCGAUAUCGGACCAUGUGUGCACACGUUUCCUCUUUGUGUAUGAGAACGGCCAGGUGGGAGACGUCUACAUCAACACUCAGGAAGCCAGGAUCCACAGGGAAAUUUUACAAGUAAUUGCUUCAAAGCCGUGCUGAGCCUCUGAAGCAAGAGAAAGCAGUGACUGGGAAUAUGUGCCGGUGUCUUUGUGGCUGAAUUCAUUACACUUUUAUUGGUCUGACAAGUGAACAUACAACAAUGAGCUGCCUGAUAUUAUAUUUUUUAGCUUUUGGAUAUAAAAAAAGGCAACUCAAAGGCAGGAAAAUACCACACUGUACACUAAUAGUAGAUGGAUGAAACUAUUACACUUAAUAACCACUAUAAAUAAAUGGUAAAUUUAUAGGUAAUUAAACAAAAUGAGCUGCUUAAUAAUCCGUUAUUAAGCAAUUGUGAAGUCUUAUAAGCAUCAGCUGCAUUUGCUUAGUAAAUGGUUUAUAAAGAAUUGUUGCUGUUUGUUAACGGCAUAAUACCCCUACAAACUACAGUUUAAUUAACUAUAACUUAACCAUUAAUUAAUGAUGGUUAUUAUGAAGAGCUCAGACUAGUUUGUUGUGACACACCUGUAAAAGCUCUUUUUAUAUAUGUGAAAGCCUUAUAUCUUAAUUUACAGUCUGGUGAAAUG